AUGGAGCGAUUGUCGCUGAACGACAGCCCUGCGAAUGCGCAGCAGCGCAACUCGCAGCAGUUCUCUCAACAGAAUACUCUUGGUCCCGCUGGUCAGAUGCAGCCGACCUCUGGCCCACCUCAGCUCCCCCCGCAGAUGUUCACCACCGCCGCACAAUUACUCGACUUGACAGAUAAGAAGCUCGUGCUCGUUUUGCGCGAUGGGAGGAAAUUGAUCGGUGUCUUGCGAAGCUGGGACCAAUUCGCGAACCUUGUUCUUCAGGAUACUAUUGAGCGUAUCUACGCCGGGAAAGUUUACGCCGAUGUCCCGCGCGGAAUCUUCCUCGUGCGUGGCGAGAACGUCCUCUUACUCGGUGAAGUGGACCUGGACCGUGAAGAUGAUAUCCCAACUACGGUAACCAAGGCUCCCUUCGAGGAAGUCUUCGAACUCAAGAAACAAGAAGACAACCAGCGCAAGAGCGGUGAUAAGAAGCGACACACCGAGCUGUCGGCUCUUGGGUUUGAGCCUGAGCACAGUGGCGAGAUUCUAUUCUAG